CCUGCCGCCCGGAGGGAGCCGUCGCCGCGCGGCCGAGCAGCUCCGGCACCGCUGCUGCACCCGCCGCCGCCGAAGAGCGAGACGCCGAGGAAGAGGAAGAGGAGGAGGAUGCCGACGAAGGCGGCCGGGCCGGCUCUGUCCGCCGAGUGACCGACGGAUUUACCAAUGUAGCACCAGCGAAUGAUACCUUUUAUCCAGGAGUGCAUUACACAGAUGGCUACUUAAUGAAAAUUUAUGGAUUUAAUGCAAGCCAACGCUAAAUUUCAGGCAUCGUGAAGUAAAAAUGGUGCAAAAAUAUCAAUCCCCUGUUAGAGUCUACAAGUACCCGUUUGAGCUUGUGAUGGCGGCUUAUGAGAAACGUUUUCCAACCUGCCCAGAGAUCCCAGUUUUUCUGGGGAGUGAGAUCCUUCGCGAAUCCAAGAGUGAAGACGGAGCCAUUCAGAUCAUUGAAAGGAGUUGCAAAUUGAACGUGGAUGCACCUCGGCUACUCAAGAAAAUUGCUGGGGUAGAAUAUGUCUUUUUCAUACAGAAAAACACCGUGAACUGGAGAGAGAGAACCCUGGUUAUUGAAGCCCAUAACGAGACCUUUUCCAACCGUGUCAUUGUCCUGGAGACAUGCAACUACUCGGUGCAUCCAGAGAAUGAAGAUUGGACGUGUUUCGAACAGUCUGCAUCCCUUGACAUCAAGUCAUUCUUCGGGUUUGAAAACACGGUGGAGAAAAUCGCCAUGAAGCAGUACACAGCCAACAUCAAGCGGGGCAAAGAAGUGAUCGAGCAUUAUCUAAAGGAGCUGAUAUCUCAAGGGAUCACUUUUAUCCCUCGGUGGACUCCCCCGGAAGUCAAGGGGAGCCUCAGGAAGAGGAGUCCAUCCAGAAGCAAUAACGGUACAAUAUCGCAGGAAACCCACCCGCACGGAAGCGAGAAAGAACAGCGAGGCAACAACGCCUGCCCUGCGGGGGAGGCUUCGACUCCUGAAGGGGACAAACUCGAUGCUGAUUACAUAGAACGUUACCUGGGACAAUUAAAUCCCAUGCAGGAAAGCUGCUUGAUCAGACUUCGUCAGUGGCUCCAGGAAAUGCAGAAAGGAAAGGUUCCCAAAGAUGAAUACAUCCUCCGUUUCCUGAGGGCUCGGGACUUCAAUAUUGACAAGGCUCGGGAAAUGCUCUGCCAGUCCUUGGCAUGGCGAAAGCAAUACCAGGUGGAUUACAUUCUGCAAACGUGGAGGCCACCUUCCCUUUUGGAGGAAUUCUACGCUGGGGGUUGGCAUUACCAGGACAAAGAUGGAAGACCCCUCUACAUCCUUCGCCUUGGGCAAAUGGACACCAAGGGACUUGUGAAGGCUCUGGGAGAGGAAUCACUUCUUCGCCAUGUCUUGUCAAUUAAUGAGGAGGGACAAAGAAGAUGUGAAGAAAACACCAACCUCUUAGGCCGCCCCAUCUCAUCCUGGACCUGUUUAGUUGAUCUUGAAGGGCUGAACAUGCGUCAUCUCUGGCGUCCUGGUGUAAAAACACUCCUUAGGAUUAUUGAAGUGGUUGAGGACAACUAUCCGGAGACUUUAGGGAGGUUGUUGAUUGUGCGAGCGCCAAGGGUGUUCCCUGUGCUUUGGACUUUGGUGAGCCCCUUUAUCAAUGAAAACACCAGGCAAAAAUUCCUCAUUUAUAGCGGCAACAACUAUCAGGGUCCUGGAGGACUUGUAGAUUAUCUGGAAAAAGACGUGAUUCCAGACUUCCUUGGAGGAGAAUGUGUGUGUAAUGUGCCUGAAGGUGGGCUUGUCCCCAAAUCCCUCUAUCAAACAGAUGAAGAGUCCGAAACCGCAGAUCAUAUUCGUCUCUGGACAGAAACCAUCUAUCACUCUGCAAAUAUUUUCAAAGGGGCUCCCCAGGAGAUCGUUGUAGAGAUCCUGGAAGGUGAAUCUGUGAUCACUUGGGAUUUUGACAUCCUCAAAGGAGACGUGGUGUUUAGCCUCUUCCAUUCCAAACGAGCCCCCGAGACUGUCCGGAAGGAAUCUGCCAUGCCAACCCCUUUGACAUCUGGGGAAAACGUACAACUCAUUGGCAAGAGUUGGAUCCUGGGAGUGGAUUACAGCCGCGUGGAGACUCCCUUGGUCUGCCGUGAAGGCGAGAGCAUCCAGGGUUCCCAUGUGACUCGCUGGCCAGGUUUUUACAUCCUCCAGUGGAAAAUGCACAGCCCAAUUCCCUGCACGGGGACCAGCCUCUCUCGGGUCGACGACGUCUUGGCUACGCUCCAGGUCUCUAAUCACAAAUGCAAGAUCCUGUAUUAUUACGAGGUGCUUGCAUCCAAGGAGUUCAGGGGCUCCAUGACGAGUCUGGAGUCGUGCACGAGUGGAUUUUCGCAGCUCAGUGGAGCCACCACCUCCUCCACUCGGUCGCAGAGCAGUUCCUUGGUCUCCAGAUAGCAUCGCCCGGGAAGAUGCAGAGCCCCGGAGGGCUGGACCAAGAUGCUUUCUUCGAGGCUGCGACCCAUGGAGGCUCAAGACAGCCUGCAGGGAUGAUCACCGAGGAGACCCAGGGACGCUUUUAUCAACCAGCUUGAAAUCCUUCCUUCCUUCCUUCCUUCCUUCCUUCCUUCCUUCCUUCCUUCCUUCCUUCCUUCCUUCCUUCCUUCCUUCCUCCUUCCCUUCUUUCCUCCCUCCCUUUCUUUCUGCCCUCCUUCCUCUCUCCCUUUCUUCCUCCCUCCCUUCCUCCCUCGCUUUUUGCCAUCUUCCUUUCUUUCCUCCCUCCCUCCCUGGCUUCUUCCUCCCUCAUUCACUUUUUUCUUCCCUUCUUCCUCUCUCCUCUUCUCUCCUCCCUCACUUUUUCCUUCUUUUCAUCCUUCCUUUCUUCUUCCCUUCUCCCUCCCUCCCUCUUUCCUAUUUCCUCUCCCUUCUCCCUCCGUCGCUUUUUCCUUCCUUCCUUCUUUCCUUCCUUCCUUCUUCCUCUUCCUCCCUUCUCCUUCCCUUCCUCCCUUUUUCCCUUUCAUCCUUCCUUUCUCCCUCCCUCCCUCCCUUCUUCCACCUUCCCUCCCUUCUACCUCCCUUUUUCCUUUUCAUCCUUCCUUUCUCCCUCCCUUCUCCUUCCCUCCCUCCCUCCCUUUCCUCUCUCCUUUCCUCCCCUCCCUUUUCCCUCCCUUCCUCGCUUCUUCCUUCCUUCCCUUCCUCCCAAAGACUGAAACAGCUUCUAAUUCGUGACGACUGCCCCUCUGCAGCUGUACAUUAGUCAACCUGUCAGUUAGAAUGCCGACAGUACUAAUUUUUGCAUGGAUUUUACAACAUUCGUAGGGUUAAAGGGCUCUUCCCACUCAGCACCAUUCGAUCCGAAAUGUAGAGCUAGCUGAGGUUGCCUUACCUAUUUAGGGCUUCUAGAGCCAAAAACCCCUCCCGGCCCCUGGUUAGCUUCGUUGUGCAUCGGCAAUGCCAUUGGUGUUCCAGCAAGGUACAAACAAUAUGCCUGGACAGCAGAAUUGAGCUGCGAACUGCUGAUGUGUACAUACACACCAUUGAAAAAUGGGGCUGUUGGGUAGAUUCACAUUUCUAGGUAACUUCAGGCAGGGAACCUAACUCAGAGACUUAAGAGACCUACAUAUUGCUAUCUAAAGCAGGGGUGUCCAAUCUUGGCAACUUUUUCAGAUCGGUGGAUUUCAACUCCCAGAAUCCCCCCCCCAACCCAGCAUGGUUGACUGGGGAAAUCUGGGAGCUGAAGUCCACAGGCCUCAAAAGUUGCCAAGAUUGGACACCCUCUGGACUAGUGUGUUGGAACUGAGAAAUACCCACUUGUUUCCCUACCGUGCACUGAAACAAGCUCUAACUUGAAAAGAGCAACACAUUUUUCUCUUCCCUUUUUAUUUCCUCAGGUCUGUGAGCAAUAAUUGAAGCCGAUCUCUGCCCGAUGGCUUUGCUCAGGGUUGAAAACGUAUUUCUCUCUCUCUCGCUCUCUCUCUCUCUCUCUCUCUCUCUCUCUCUCUCUCUCUCUCUUUCUCUAUGUAUAUAGAUAAAGGGCUAAAGAAAAACAAUAUUUCAUUGCUUACAAGGCACAAAAACUUGUUCACAGUGUUAAGGAAGCAAUUGUUUAAACAAGCCAGAGCUAACACAAGUUAGGGUAGGCACUUUAAGAGCGCGUGGGUGGGUGUGAGUGUGGGAGUGCAUGCAUUUUCUGAGUGUGUAUGUAUAUAUAAAUAUAGAUAAAUAGAUAGAUACAGUAUAUACAGAUCAGUAGCGGGUUUCAAUUUUGUUUGCUACUGGUUUGCUCGUGCGCAACACUUCUGCGCAUGUGCAGAAGCUUCCGGGCAGGUGGGCGGAGCCUCUCGCCGCUGCUACCGAUUCGCCCAAACCGGGGCGAACCUGUAGCAAUCCAUCACUGAUACAGUUAGAUGUAUGGAACUUAAAAAUCCCUUAAGUCCCAUUUACGGAAACAAGAAUGAAGGCUUCAAUUAAUUAUUUGUAUCCUUUUAUAGGCACAACUUGAUUAUUUAUUCGGGAAUAUGCCUCCUUGUUUUAAGUAUUGGGCUUUUUUUUUUUUUAAGCCAAAUAAAGGAUGGAGUGGGGUUCUGGUAACUUCAGCUUUAUACUUUGGGGGUGUGGGGGGGGAAAGGGGUUUGCGUAGUUUCUAAUUAGAUAUUUUUAGAUGCCUGCCUGCAUUACGUAGAAGAAAUUGGGCAGAUUUCCGGGUAUCUUGAAUCUAUGGAGUGAUUAUGAUGAUGAUGAUUUUUUAAAAAACUGCAAUCAGGAGUCGGUUGGCUUUGAGGAACUGUUGGGAUAAAGAAAACCCUAGAGCAGUGAUAGCUAACUUUUUUGCCGUUGUGUGCCAAAAGCAGGGGGAGCACUGGGGGGGGAUCUCGCUUGGGUGUGCCCACACCCAUAAUUCAAUGCACCCCACCCCCCCGCAUGUGCGCGCGACCCCCCGCUUUUGGCAUGCAAUGGCAUGGUGGGCCCGGUAGGACCGUUUUUUGCCCUCCCCAGGCUCCAGAGGCUUUCUAGGAGCCUGGGGAGGACGAAAAGGCCUUCCCCGCCCCCCCAGAGGCCCUCUGGAGGCUGGAAAUAGCCUGUUGGCUGACGUACACAUGCGUGCUGGAGCUGAGCUAGGGCAACGCUUACGUGCCCACAGAUAUGGCUCCAUGUGCCACCUGUGGCACGCAUGCCAUAGGUUCGCCCUCACGGCCCUAGAGAAAAACCCUUUGAUUUUUGUUAAGUAUUAGUUUUCCCUUAAACGGGGGACCUCGAGGACCGAAAGAUGUCCGUUGUGAUUGAUCCCAAAAGAAAUGCCUGAAAUGGCCAUACAGAGAGGUGAAAAGGAAUCGAAUCGACGGAUGAGAAACUUUUAAUUAGGAAUCAACGGUCCUUGCAAAACGGUAUUUUCCCUUUCCCUUCAAGGACAGGAUGAACAGGGAGGCAACUGGCACAAGAUUCAGCAGGCCUCAAGGGAGAGUGAGUAUAGGUAGUCCUCGAAUUACAACACUUCGUUUAGCGACCGUUCAAAGGGAAGACGACGGCGGGGGAAAAAAGCGAUGUAUGGUCAUUUUGCUCAGUGUUUGCUAAAACACUCAGCUUGUCGAUCAGAAAGGUCGGCGGUUCGAAUCCCUACCUGCCUGAGCAGGGAGUUGGACUAGAUGACCUCCAAGGUCCCUUCCAACUCUAUUACUGUUACACUUAAAACCUCCGUAGCAUCCCCAUCAUCACGUGGUCGACAUUCAGGCCCUUGGCAACUGGUUCAUGACUUAUGACCGUUGCUGUGUCCCAAGGUCACGUGAUCCUCUUUUUGCGACUUUCUGAGAUGCCAAGUCAACAGGGGAAGUCAGAUUUGCUUAACGGCCGGGUGACUAACGUCUCAACGGCAGCGUUUCGCUUAACAACAGAGGCAAGAAUUGGUCGUCCCAUAGGGCAAAGCUCACUUCACAACUGUCUGGCUUAACAACAGAAAUGUUGGCGCUCGACGGUGGUCGUACGUUGAGGACUGCCUGUACAUAACCAACCAGGGAUCUUCUAUCCAUUGCCGCUGUUGGCCCCAAAAAGAGAAUUGAAGAAGAAAUUGCAUAAUCUUGUCUUGAAAAACAGGCUGUUCACACAAAUGUAGAAUGCUUCCACUGGAGGUUGUACAGAAUUGCACACAACAUGCUCCUCUUGAUAUUUAUUAUUAUUAUUAUUAUUAUUAUUAUUAUUAUUAUUACUGUUAUUAUGGUUGAUCACACAGUCAUCCAUAUUUAGACGGAGUCUGGCAUUUUUCUGUACCUAUCGAGUCUUUUGCAAGGACCUGGAAUAAGCAGAUGGUUUAUUGAUAAGUGUUAAAAAUGUUAUCACAGGGAUAUUACUAUUCUUAUUAUUGUUUGUUCGAGACAACAGGAGGGAGGCGGGUGAAUUUUCGAGCCAAAACUGGAAAGUCAAUAAAAUAACUUAUAAUUCUC